AUGACGGUUCAUCAAUCUACAACAAUGGCUCUGCUGGCCUUGGCCAGUAGCCAUGCAGCUGCCAUGGCAGUGUCAAGCUCCUCUUCGACAUCUCCAGCUGCACCAACGGGCACAUCCUACGCAUCCGGAUUCGACAUGACAACGAGCUGGGGAAACUUGAGUCCCUACUCGGAUGCACCAGGCUUUGACGCUCCAAAGGGAUACCCCAUGGGAUGCGAACUGUCCCAAGUCCAUGUCCUUCAUCGCCACGCCCAGAGAUAUCCCAGCUCCUGGCCGACAGAUGGUGGAGGCAUGGAGACUUUUGCUCAAAAGGUAGCCAACUACUCUAAAAGAUCAGAUGGCAAAGUUGGCUCGGGACCCCUGGCAUUCCUGAAUGAUUGGGAGUACUUGCUGGGUGAGAAUCUACUUCUUGCUACCGGUGCGGCUACCGAAGCAACCGCGGGUGCGCUAUUCUGGAGCAUGUAUGGCCGUCUACUAUAUCAUGCUGGUCCAGGCAAGGCUGUCUAUGACUCCUCGAUGAAUGUUUAUCCCAAUGGGACGGCCCGGCCGAAGCCUACAUUCCGGACCACUUCCUAUCCACGCAUUUUGGAAAGCGCUCGCUGGUGGUUGAGUGGAUUCUUUGGAAAUACUGGUGCCAACAGCUCAUAUGCAGAAUAUGACUUAACGAUUAUUCCGGAGGAGCGAAACUUCAACAACACUCUCUCAUCUACGUCGGCAUGCACCAAUGGGUCUGAUGUCGGAGACUAUGCCCUUGCAGAAUUCCUUCCAUCACUAACAAACGCCGCGCACGAUCGCUUCUCCAAGUUCCUCCCAGACGACUUCAACCUGACAUCCAUGGAUGUCUACGCCAUGUUCAGCAUGUGUCCCUACGAAUACGCAACACUAGGCCAUUCAUCCUUCUGCACCCUCUUCACGGAGCAGGAAUGGAAAGACUUCGAAUACGCCAUUGACUUGAGUUUCUAUGCCAACUUCGGCUACGGCGCGCCCAGCGGUCGUGCUCAGGGCAUCGGUUAUGUCCAGGAACUGGCCGCUCGCCUACAAUCCCGCCUCAUCAUGAGCAGCGAUAGCAGCAUCAACUAUACUUACGACGACAAUACCAGAGAUUUCCCUCUCGGCCAACCAAUUUACAUGGACAUGUCGCACGACAACGUUAUCAUCGCCGUGCUAGCCGCGCUGGGGCUGGACUACUUCAAGGCCGGUCCCCACGGCCUCCCGACCACUGUCCAGCAUUCACCUUCCCACCACUUCAAAGCCAAAGAGGUCAGUCCCUUCGGCGCACGCUUGUUCACCGAAGUCUGGACUUGUCCCAAGGAUGUCUCGUUCGACCAGCUCCAGGAGCAAAUAUACAAGAAUCCCGAUCUAUCGUCCCAAUCAGGCACGACCGAUCAUAUUCGAUUCGUACUUAAUAAUGCCCCCGUGUCCGCGAAGGGGCUGUGCGAUGAUGCUGUGAAUGGGUUCUGCCGGAUGGAGGAAUUCUUGAAAAAAGUGCCUGGUUUGGACAAGGAUGCUAUGUAUCAGGAGGCUUGCUUUGGUGAUUAUAAUAUCACGACUCAGGUUGCCAAUGGACAGCCGAUACAGUGA